AUGAGUAACGCGGCAGUGAAACGUGGUGAACGGGAGCAGGCAAUCAAGUUGGCGAUUAUUGCCAUUAAGUUUGGCAAGUCGUUACGGGCAGCUGCUGGAGAGUAUGGUAUACCCCGUACCACCUUGCUUCGCCACAAGCGGUUAAACGCUGGCCUGAUGGUGCAAGCGGACCCGCUACAUCCUACGAUAUCGAUGGAGGAUGUGCAAAUUUGUAAGCGCGGAAGACCACCGUUGUUCCCCGAGGAACCAGAACGGAGACAUUCGUGUGCUUGCACCACAAUUCGCGAACCAGCUGGGGAUUCCGGUUCCCGAGAAUUGGAUCGCGAACGCAAAGGCAGGCCCUAUUUGGUUUCGGAACUUUCUGCGCCGAAGGCCGAACCUGUCGAUGCGUUCACCCGAGUCGACCAGCAUAGCCAGAGUCUCUGCUUUAAUCCCACAAAUGUGGGCAAGUUUUUCGAUCUUCUACGCACAGUAGCCGAGAACAUAACGUUCGAACCAAAUUCCAUCUGGAAUCUGGACGAGACUGGAGUGACAACAGUUCAUAAACCUCAACGAGUUGCCAGUCGCCGUGGAGUCAAACGUGUUGGUCGAGUAACUUCGGCCGAUCGGGGCCCGUUGGUUACGAUGGUACUUGCGGUUUCCGCCACUGGCAAUAAAAUGCCACCAUUUUUCGUUUUUCCUCGAAAACGUUUCCAUCCACACUUUCUGGAUGGUGGUCCAACGGGAUGCGCUGGAGCGGUGAGCAAUACAGGGUGGAUGAAUGCAGAUAUUUAUUUGGAUGUUCUCCGACACUUUAAAGCAUUUACGCGAGUGUCCAAAGAAAACCCGCUUUUGUUGAUUGUGGACAACCACGGUUCACACAGAAGUCUACCUGCAAUCGAAUUUUGCAGGGAUAAUGGCAUUCACCUACUUACAAUACCACCCCAUUGCUCUCACCGCUUACAACCCUUGGACGUGAGUGUGUUUUCGCCGUUCAAGCACGCAAUGAAUGUGUUGUGCGACGAAUGGACAUACAGGCAUCCCGGAAAGCCGAUGUCUAUUUUUGACCUUCCGGCUAUCAUCGACAGCGCUCUCGAACGGAGCGCCACGGAGCGAAACAUCAAGGCCGGGUUCCGGGCAUCAGGUAUUUGGCCCUUCAACCCGGAUGUGUUCACUGCAUUGGAUUAUGCUCCUUCAUCAGUGACAGGACCUUCCUUGGUUGACGAAAUAAUACCAGGAUCACUGCUGGACACUCUUUGCAGAAUCAGACCAAUCCCGCGGGCACCACCGCGUGCUACAGGCAGACGAGGACGAAAACCUGGACGAGCUGCUAUACUGACGGACCCCGCUGAAAUCGCUCUGAUGUGCACCACCAAGACCAACGAUAGUGGUGACAAAGAGACCACCUGGAAGAUCCCGCAAAUCACAGGCUGCAGCGGAUAA